UCACAACAAAGGAGUAAUGGAUUCACUUUCAAAUAAAAGUGUAGAAUCAACGAACGCUACAACUUUUAUUUCACUUGCCUCAAUUUUCAAUAACGGAGCCCUAUUACCAGCUAGUAGCAUGCCCAUUGAAGAAAAAACCAUGGAGGCUGUCCAAAAUGAGUUUGCAAGCACCCUACCCCCGGUUAACCCACAGGCAACUACAUAUGUUCCUUCAACCAGCUGCUUCUCCCUGCCAAUGAAUUUCGCUGAUGAUUUUUUGGCAGAGCUAGAUAACAACACUGAUGAUGUUUUUAAUCCAAGGAAAAAAAACAGGACAUCUGAAGCAACAUUACGAUGGGACACUUUAAAAGACCUUUACCAACCAGAGCAGCGGAUUCCUUUAGAGGAUAUUCUUAGACAAGGGCAAACACAAGAGUUGAGGGACAUUGCAGCACAAAGUGUAACAAAUGACACAACUUCAACUAUUGGAUUGAAUUCAUCCACUUCCAUAGCUGGAGAAGGAUCUUCCAAAGGACCAACUCAUGAACCGGUAGUGAACCUUAUUCCCAGCUCAGAAAACUGCUCAAACUCUAGUUUGUCAUUUCCUCAAUACAAUCCAAAUUUAUGGCCUGUAGAACCAAAUUCAUGGUCUCGCCCAAGUGGUAUGGAUGACACAACAGUUGGAUUAACAACUGUUGACCCUCCUCAACUUGGUGCUUCAUUUGGUAAUUCCACAGGUGGUAUGAAUAGCACAACACUUGGAUUAGGAACUGCUGAUCCUUCACAAGUUCGUGUUUUAUUUGGUAAUUCAACAAUUGAUGUGAAUAGCACAACAGUUGGAUUAACAACUAUUGAUCCUCCACAAGAUUCAUUUGGUAAUUCAACAAGUGGUAUGAAUAACUCAACAGUUGGGUUAACAACUAUUGAUUCUCUCCAACUUGAUGUUUCAUUUGGUAAUUCAACAAGUGGUUUGAAUAACACAUCAGUUGGAUUAGCAACUAUUGAUCCUUACCAACUUGGUGCUUUAUUUGGUAAUUCAACAAGUGUUAUGAAUAGCACAACAAUUGGAUUAACAACUAUUGAUGCUCUCCAACUUGGUGCUUCAUUUGGUAAUUCAACAAGUGAUACGAAUAGCACAAUGGUUGGAUUAACAACUACUGAGUCUCUCCAACUUGGUGUUUCAUUUGGUAUUUCAACAAGCGGUAUGAAUAGCACAUCAUUUGGAUUAGCAACUGUUGAUCCUCUCCAACUUGGUGAUUCAUUUGAUAAUUUCACAAGUGGUAUGAAUAACACAACACUUGGAUUAUCAACUAUUGCUCCUCUCGAACUUGGUGCUUCAUUUGGUAAUACAACAACUGGUAUGAAUAGCACAACAAUUGGAUUAGGAACUAUUGGUUCUACCCAACUUGAUGCUUCAUUUGGUAACUCCAUGUUCCCUAAUACAAUGGGAAACUCACUCGGUCAAUUUGAAUCAAGCUCAUCAUCACCAAGCUUCCCAGUACUUCCUUGUGGUAGUAGUGAGCGACAACUUCCAAUGAACCAUCACUACAACAUGACUGGAUUUAGUCCUCAAGGUACACCUGCAAAUACUACGGUUUCUCUUCAACCUAAUCAUACACAUUUUCGGCCUCGCCCGCCAUCUCUUGCAGACAAGGGAAACUUCGAGAAAGCAUGGGAGGGAUGUUUGGUUGGAAAAUUUGACUCAAAGAGCAUAAUCAUUGUUCAAGCAAAGGCCUUGAGGAAACCAACAUCAGUUAACAUUGUUACUGGUAACUGGCCGGGUAGGCUGAACAUCUCCAUCUUCAUACCCAAAAAGGCUGUCAACCAUACAAUGGGGAUUAUUGGUGGACCCACUGAUUACAUGUUCUUUGAGGUAUCUCAAUUCAGCAAUGAUGAUUUGUUCAACCACUUGAAGAUUAAAAAUUUGUGUGCAAAAAUUGAUCUCCCUUCAAAUACUCUAAUCUUAUCUACAACUGAAUGCAAGUAUCACUACUUAGGAGCACUUUUCCCAGCGGGUACGAUAUUUGUUGAACCUGUCGUAGAUGAAUUUGGUUGUCAAGAGUCAAACCAGCCCUAAGUCAUGAAGAAAAAGGUUUGAAGAAAGAGACCAAUCAUGAGAUCAUGCUGCAUGCAAUGCAACUGCACUGGUUCUUCCUUAGUAUGUCUUCAGCAUUAUAUGCAAUGAAAAUGAAACACUAUUCACCAAAGACGUAUCCAUUAAAUUGAUGCUAAGGAAAAAACCGUUAAUGGUAGGCACCUGAUGCUGUAGCAACUUAAUUUGCAUAUGCAGUUUGCAUUUGGUUAUGGUUUGUUUGGUUUUAGUUCUGUUUAUUGGCUUAGUCAUAUAUAUACUGCGAAUUUAAGAUAUUUUUAUGGCUCUUUGUUAUAUUAGUACACAUAAAAAUUAUGACAUUGAUAUAUGGUUUUUAGGUACAUGUAAGUAGUGGUUGCUAAGUUCUUGUGUGUUUCAAAUUUCAUUGCGUUUUGUAUCAUUGAAACGUG